AUCGGUUGCAUCAGGAUGAAGGCGGGGUGAUUAUAAAUCAUGCCGUGGUGAGAGUCUGCCAGUUCACGACACCGUGCCACUGAUUGGUCAUAAGAUGAAGACAAUAUGUAAUAAUUUAGGGGAAUUUAUAAGCCUCCGGUGGAAUUUUGAUUUCGAGGCUUAAAGGGUUGGUCACAGCUCCAACAAUAUAAAAGCUCUCGCAUCCGACGACUUUGUUUAAACGCUUCAUCCACCCACCUUGAUUUCCACACCUUGUAUCCUAAGAUGUCUACGCAGAAAGCAAUUGUUGUGACCUCCCCAAAGCAGGAGAGUCUGGUAACCGAUCGACCCAUUCCCGCUCUUCGCGAUGAUUACAUCCUCGUCAAGACGGUCGCCGUCGCCUUAAAUCCCACCGACUGGAAGCAUAUUGCUUUCAUUGCCCCACCCGGCGUGCUAGUCGGAUGCGACUACGCCGGUAUUGUCGAGGAGGUUGGCAAAGCCGUCAAAAGACCUUUCAAGAAGGGUGAUCGCGUAUGCGGUUUCACGCACGGAGGAAACGCCGUGCAGCACGAAGACGGUGCCUUUGCCGAGUACAUCGUCGCCAAGGGAGACAUUCAGAUCCGUAUCCCCGAUAAUCUCAGCUUCCAGGAAGCAGCCACGCUCGGCGUAGGUAUCUCGACCGUGGGACAGGGUCUGUACCAGAGUUUGAAGCUGGCGCUCCCGGGUGAGCCCAUCAAGGAACCGGUUCCAAUCCUGAUCUACGGCGGCUCGACGGCGACGGGUACGCUGGCGAUUCAGUUCGCCAAGCUGUCCGGCUAUACCGUUUUGACUACGUGUUCACCGCAUAACUUCGAUCUGGUGAAACGUCUCGGUGCGGAUGCGGUCUUUGAUUAUAAAGACCCCAACUCAGCGGCGGAGAUUCGCAAGUACACCAAUAACAACCUGAAGCUGGUUUUUGAUACGAUCUCGCUAAAGGCGAGUGCCGAAUACUGCGAGCAAGCUAUUUCCACAGAUGGUGGUGAUUACGGUGUUCUCCUGCCGAUGGCUAUCGAUCGUGAGAACGUCACUACUCGUCACACGCUCGCUUACACUGUGAUCGGCGAGGAGUUUACCUUUGGUGACAAGACCUUCCCUGCCCGGGAAGAGGACAAGGAAUAUGCUGAAGAAUUCUGGACUCUCGCAGAGCAGCUGUUGGCCGAUGGCAAGAUCAAGGUCCACCAGCCGAAGGUGAACCCCGGUGGUUUGCAGGGUGUCUUGGAGGGAUUGAAGCUCUUGAAGGAGGACAAGGUUAGCGGGGAGAAAUUGGUGUACAAUGUGGCUGAAACGCCUUAGAAUCGUCCUUGCUUAGUUUCCG